AUGCGCCAAUUAAUCUCCAAAGACCUCUCCGAACCCUACAGUAUUUAUGUCUACCGCUACUUCCUCUACCAAUGGGGAGAUCUCUGCUUCAUGGCCAUGGACGACAACAACUCCGAGCUCCAAUCCUCCUCACCAAUGGUCGGCGUCGUCGUGAGCAAACUGGAGCCGCAUCGCGGGGGCCCCUUACGCGGAUACAUCGCCAUGUUGGCCGUGCGCGAGGAGUAUCGGGGCCAGGGGAUAGCCACGAAAUUGGCUCGAAUGGCCAUUGAUGCCAUGGUGGAGAGAGGGGCAGAUGAGAUCGUGCUUGAAACCGAAACCACCAACACCGCGGCGAUAAAACUCUACGAGCGACUCGGGUUCCUGCGGAGUAAGCGUCUGCAUCGGUACUACUUGAAUGGCAACUCGGCGUAUCGCCUUGUGCUGUACUUGAAGGAAGGGGUUGGGUCGAUGCGGACGAAUUUGGAUCCGUAUGCUCAGCAAACAGGGCCGCCUUACCCCUUGAUUGAGGAUAGAACGGACACGGCGGUGACCGCGCCGGAGCCGGCGUUGACGCAUGAAAAUGGGAAGUGGUAG